CCCGACCCGCCUUCCACGGGCGCUCUUGUUGCUUCCGUAGAUGAAAGAAACAGUCAUGAACCAGGAAAAGCUCGCCAAGCUGCAGGCCCAAGUGCGCAUCGGUGGUAAGGGUACUGCCCGCAGAAAGAAGAAGGUUGUCCACAGAACAGCUACAGCAGAUGACAAGAAACUUCAGUUUUCUUUGAAGAAAUUGGGAGUCAACAAUAUUUCUGGAAUUGAAGAGGUAAACAUGUUUACCAACCAAGGAACAGUCAUUCACUUCAAUAACCCUAAAGUUCAAGCAUCUUUGGCUGCAAACACUUUCACUAUCACUGGCCAUGCUGAGACUAAGCAGCUGACAGAAAUGCUUCCUAGCAUCUUAAAUCAGCUUGGAGCUGACAGCCUGACCAGCCUGAGGAGAUUGGCAGAAGCUCUACCCAAGCAGUCUGUGGAUGGAAAAGCACCACUUGCUACUGGUGAAGAUGAUGAUGAUGAAGUUCCAGAUCUUGUUGAAAACUUCGAUGAAGCUUCAAAGAAUGAGGCAAACUGAACUAAGUGUCACUUUCUGAAUAAAGUUAAAACUUGAAAAAAGCUACUUGGAGCUGCUGUUUUCUAUUGUGACUGCUCUGACUUUAUUUCCUGAUGAGAUACCAAGAUCUGUGAUAUUUGGAAACUCCUUGAACCUGCAGCUCUUUAGUCACCGCUUGUACACAAUAUUAUUUUUGUGGCCUCAUUGAACAAACCUAUGCUUUGAAAUAAGUCAGAUUGCUAACAAAUCUCUGCCUAGACACAUUUUUUGAGUAACUUGUAUACAAGCAAAACCCCAUCUUUAAUGAACUUUGGCAUACAAUAAAAAUAGAAAACAAA